UUACAGGCGGUUGGUCCACCUCGGCUCCCGUACUUGUUGUGUUUCUGUGAAAACAAAGAUGGCGAACGAACUGGACAGAGUGCGAAUCUCAGCUGCGGAACUACGAGCUGAAGCUUUGAACUCAUCCAAUAUUACUGAGUGUGUUACAGUGGAGCAUCAAAAUCAUCAGGUCCAAAAGCAUCACAAGAAGCGUGAAAGCAAGCGUCCUGAUCUUCAGCGUUACCAACCUGCUGCCGGAAGUGGACGUUGUCCCCGUGACAGUGAGGAAGGAGAAACUGCUCAAAACCACCUCCUUCCAUCGGACACCUCAAAACUGGAUCAGUCAAUCAGGAACGAAAAGAAAGGAGAGGCAGGAAGCGUCUCGAACAGACAAGGAUGCACUGAUGGUGAAUCCAGUACCAAAAAAGGGGAAGAAAGCACCAUGAAAGGGGAUGGCAGCCUUAGUAAAAACUGCAGAGAGAGCAGCCUGGCGCAUCUUAAAGGAGAUGCAUUUGAUGAAGAGCAUCAAGAAGUAGAAAAGGCUGCUAAAACUGUAAAGAAAGCUCGAAAACCAGACAGAGAGUUUUAUCAACCGGGAACUCGCAGAAAUAUUCAAGGAAAGGAUUUAAGUGCUGGAAAAGAUCAAGAUACCCCUCAGACUAGGAAGCAUGAGCAAAACCCUGAGCCACAGGCCCAGCUAAGUGCAAAAACAAGAGACAAAGAUAAAUCUACACAGAAACAGAGAGGGAAAGAUAAAGCUAAACCAAGACAGAACGUGGAUAUAAUUUCCAAAUGCAGUGAGGAAAGCCGAGGUGGAGAAAAGCCUGUGUUACCCAUCGACUUAUCUGUAAAGAACAUUACAAGCAACGUUGAAAAACUGAGCAUAAAAGAGAAAGAUAAAACCAGAGGUGUAGGCAAAGCCAGCGGAGAGUCAUCAUGCAGGGGACGACCAGUGACUGAUAAAGAAAAGAAAGGUCAACCUACUGAAACAAAGGACGAUGCAAAAAAGGGAGAGGAGAGAGAAAAGGAAAAGAAGUGGGAAUCUAAAGGAGAAAAUAACAGUAGCAGACGAAAAAGCAAUUCAAGUACAACAGAGAAGGACAGAAAUAAGAGGCGAUUGGAAGUAGAUGGAAAAAUGACAAAUAAAGCAUCUGAGACGCAGCAAAGUAAAGGAAGAGAUAAUCGCAAACAAGUCAGGGACAGAAAAGACAGCAGCACUUCCACGGAUGCUGGGAAGCAUGACAAGACGCAAAGAAAUACAGACCGAAGUGAUAGACAUGGAUCCAGUCCAGUUGCUAUAGCAUCCAAACGCUAUUCUAGAUCAGAUAUUCGUCACUCACGAAAUAGAACUUACAGCAGUAGCUCAGCCAGCAGCGCGACGAGUCAAGAUGGUCCUGGCCGAGGACUGAACCCUGGGCACAAUGCCGACAGGAUGGACUACCGUGAUGGACGGAGAGGCCAUUUACAAAGCUGGACAAACAGUAGGCAUUCUUCUUCAGAAUCUUUGGAAAGGAGCGACUUAAGCGAGAGAGCUGAGGAGAGAAGGAAGAGAAGAAGAAGAGGGGGAGAAGGGAAAAAGAAUGCAGAGAGACAAGGGGAGGACAGAAACGCGCCAAAAUCCAACAAAGGCAGGGGGCAGAUAACUUUAAAGUCUUCUGAAGAAAAGCAUUUGAGUGCCCAGACUCAGAGCGGGGACACGCAGAACCACAAGCAAGGUUUGGUUCCUCGCGGCAGAGGCGGAGGCAUCCUGGUGCUUCCUGCUCGCACCGACAUCUCCCAUUCACCCGAGAUCGGACAACGGCUUUUUUCCGGGGGACUUCGAGGAGGAGCAGCUGGCAGGAGCAGAGGAGGUCGCGGAGGCAUGAGGCGGCUGUGGGAUCCCAACAACCCGGAUCAGAAACCCGCUCUUUCGAACACUCAGCCCUCACUCCAUUCUUCCCUGAAACAUCCCGUAUAUCUUCAGAGUGGAGCUGUCCACGGGCAGCUUCAUUUUCUAGACACAGACGAUGAGGUAGCGGGCAGUCCUCCGGUCCAGGGAGAACAUUUUCAAUCCCAGCAGGCUGCUGCUAUGGCUUACUAUAAAUUCCAAAGUUCUGAUAACCCCUAUUGCUACCCCAUGGCCACCAAUAGUCUUCACAGUCCCAACACCCCAACCAGCCACAGCUUUCCGUAUGCUUAUAACAUGGGCCCCUACCAGAUACCUCAAUCUAAUGGUAUGUAUGCGAGCCACGGUGCUGGUCAGCUCAGUGGAAGCUACAGGGGAUAUUCUCAGUCUGGCGGAGAAGGUUCUUUGAAUGUUGAAGAUACGGAGCAACAAACCAGAGGUGAAAUGGGGAGGAUGCUGAGGGCUGCAGAUGCACAUGAGGUCCAGCUGAGUAACCUGAUGUCGAGGGACAGAGUGAGCGCUGAUGGACUGGAUCGCAUGGCCCAGCUCAGAGCUGACCUUUUGAGAUUGUACGAGCAAGUCAUCCUGACAGACAUCGAAUUCUCCGACUCUCAGAACGUGGAUCAGGCGUUGUGGAAGAAUGUGUUCUAUCAAGUGAUCGAACGUUUUCGGCAGCUUCUUAAGGACCCCUCCUACGACAACACCCCCCACAUCAGGAACAUGCUGCUCACUCUGCUGGAUGAGGGGGCACAAUUCUUCGAUACACUCCUUCAGAAGCUGCAGACGGUGUACCAGUUCACGUUAGAGGAUUAUAUGGAUGGGAUGGCCAUCAGGGCUCGGCCGUUACGCAAAACGGUGAAGUAUGCGCUCAUAAGUGCUCAGAGAUGCAUGAUUUGUCAGGGGGAUAUAGCGCGCUACAGAGAACAAGCCACAGAUUCCUCAAACUACGGCAAAGCUCGCAGCUGGUAUCUAAAAGCUCAACAGAUUGCCCCCAAAAAUGGACGACCGUAUAACCAGCUGGCUCUUUUGGCGAUCUACACAAAGCGGAAACUAGAUGCCGUUUAUUACUACAUGCGGAGUUUAGCUGCUUCCAACCCAAUCUUGACGGCGAAGGAAAGCCUGAUGAGCCUGUUUGAGGAAGCUAAGCGUAAGGCAGAGCAGCUUGAGCGAAGGAGAAGACAGGAAAAUGAAGGGGGCUCCCAGGGUCCAGCAGUAAGAGGGAGAAGAAAAGACGAAGAGAGCUCACGUGUGGAGAUUUGGAUUCGUCCUAACGGUCAAACAGCAACGCCCUCUAACAAAAGAGGGGGCAGCGAGUCCAGCAGAGACUCUGAGCAGGACGGGGAGCUGGGCAGUCUAAGUGCUACUGAUCUAAAAAAGAGAUUUAUUCUGAGUUUCCUUCAUGCUCACGGGAAGCUCUUCACCAAAGUAGGUAUGGAGUCCUUUCCUGGCGUGGCGAGCCGUGUCAUACAGGAGUUUAAAACACUGCUACAACACGGCGCCUCGCUGCUGGGAAGCACCAACAUUUUACAAAUCAUCACAAUCAACAUGUUUGCUGUACACAAUGCUCAAAGCAAAGGCGAGGAGGGAGAAACCCGAUCCGUUUUACAAGAACAAAGCACUGCAUUGGGGCUUGGCAUGUUUGCAUUGCUGGUGCAGCGCUGCACAGAGCUUCUUAAAGAGAUCCCUGCAGAAUCCGUCCAGGUGGCAGAUGGAGAGGAGGAGGAGGAGAAAACGGGGGAGCCGAAGGGGAUGGUCAGAGUUUCUGCCUUCCCUUUGGAUCUGAGGGAACUGCUGCCAGGCAUCAAAGUCUGGUCUGACUGGAUGUUAGGACACCCACACCAGUGGAACCCACCACCAUGUGGCAUAGACUGCAGCCCUGAUGUUUGGCAGUACCUGGCUAACUUGUGUAAUGUGCUGGCACACGUGGACCACGAGGAAGUGCUGCUGUACAAAGUCGAUAGUGACGAAUUGGAAAGCGACGAGGAAUUGACGGUUCUUCAGUUGAAGGAAGACAAGCUGCUCGCUGGCUUUGUACCGCUGUUAGCUGCACCACAAGAGCCCUGUUACAUAGACAAACACACUGACAUGGCAAUAGCAGCCGACUGCAAGAGAGUGACGGUACUGAAGUAUUUUCUAGAGGCUUUGUGUGGACAAGAAGAGCCUCUGCUGGCCUUCAAGGGAGGAAAAUACAUCUCUGUGGCAACUUCCGCUUCAAACAGCCAAUUGGUCGAUACAAGAAAUAGGCAGGACUCUUUAACAGAAAACGAGCAGGCGGAUGUGAUACUGGAGGCAGAGUCGUCGCUUUCAGCAUCAGAGGAAGAGGAGGAAGACUUUGAUGGAGGGGGACACAGUGAGAAUGACAUCCGACAGCUGAAGGCUCGACAUCACGCCCUCACUAACAAACUGGCACAGCGGCAGAAGCGUUGGGACAAAAUACAGGCUGUGCUGCAAACAGGUGGUCAGUUAGAACUGGAGGUCCGACCUCUCUUUCUGGUCCCUGAUACCAACGGGUUCAUUGAUCACUUGGAGGGCCUGAAGAAAGUCCUUCAAUGUGGAAGUUAUAUAAUAGUCGUGCCAUUAAUUGUGAUUACAGAGUUGGAUGGCUUGGCCAAAGGUCAGGACACUUUUGGUGGAGGACUGGGUUCUCGUGGGCGCAGCGCCGGCAGUCGCGGCAAUUACAACAGUGCAGCCCACGUGCGGGCGGUGCAGGAGAAGGCUCGCUUAGCUGUGGCUUUCCUAGAGAAGGGAUUUGAAGCCCGGGAACCGUGCCUCCGAGCCCUGACCAGCCGAGGAAACCAGCUGGAGUCCAUUGCCUUCAGAAGUGAAGAUACUUCUGGACAACAGGGAAACAACGACGAUGUCAUUUUAUCCUGUUGUCUUCAUUACUGCAAAGACAAAGCGAAAGAUUUCAUGCCUCCACAGAAAAAUGGGACAGUGAGACUUCAGAGAGAGGUGGUGCUCCUGACAGAUGACCGCAACCUGCGUGUCAAAGCGUUGACGCGCAACGUUCCCGUGCGCGACAUUCCCUCCUUCCUCAGCUGGGCCAAAGUGGGCUGAAGCAGACAAAGCUGCCAUCAGAGGAACACAACUGCUGAAGCCUGCUUGCUGUUUAGCCACUUAAGCAGUGAACGACGAAAAGAAAAGGAGGGGAUAAAGAAGCACUUCUAAGGAAACGAGCUAUUUCAACGCAGGGUGGAGUCGGUUAGCUUUAUCCCCCCUCCUGACGAAGUGUUUGCAAGUAUGUGUGCGUUACGAUCAGCGAGCUUGCCCCGGAAGAGACAGAAGGUCAAGAAGUCUAGGAGGUUAGAGCUGAAAGGAAGAAGUAGUCUAAAUGGAGUGGUUUGAUUUGUAGGUUGAGCUUCACAAUCGGUGUGCGAGCAGCAUGCUUUUGAAAGGAGGGGAAGACGGAAAGGAAGAAUUCAUUUGGCGAUGGAGGCAUUAAUGAAUGCUGUAUAUGGUACACCUCACUGAGGGUCCAGGCUUAAACUGUUAAGUCUCUGCAGCAAAGCGGAGAGAAUGCAGCACAAGGAGAAACACAACUGAAGGGUGUGUGUGUGUGAGGGACAACACAAAAACUCUGUAGUAACUCAGAACUCCCAUUGAAAAUCAGCACAGGAGUCUCAUGCAGGUACAGUAUUGUCUAUUAGCUAGGAAAUGCUGACGUGUCUUUGUCCAUUGCAAUGAAAACCCUUCAAGAAACGAAAAUUACUUAUUUUUGAUUUAUUAUUUUCUUUUGAAUCUCCUAUUGUAAAAAGUGUUUUAUUCUUUAGAGGCUACUUUCUUUCUUUUUUUUUUUUAAGACUGACAACCAUCUGCUAAGUUUUUUUCUGCAAGUGGGAUGAACCUUAAAUUAUUUAUCUGCUUUUAUCUGAUCUGCAUGCCAAUGUAUAUGUAAGUAACUCAUGUCCUGCUUUGAGCAGUGCAGCAGAUGGACUUGUUUGUUAGGCGGUGUUAGGUUUCCAGGUUCUAGGAUUUGCACUGAAUAAACUAAUUCUAGUGGGAUUUUGAGUUCAUCCAAGCAAAUUAUCCAGUCAAAAGCAGAAAGCCUCCACAUAUUAGACUAUGUGAGAGAACCAAAGUAUAUCACAAUGAUGUUGUUCUUUUUGGCAGUAACUUAGCAGAAACUAUUAUCACACAACAGUAAUAUUUCAUUUCUGUUUGCUAGUUUUUUGUGCUUUUCAACUUUUUUUUCAAAUUAUCUUACUUUUUUUUUUUUUGUUAAAUCUUCUUCCUAAACUCCAAAAAUGUUUAAUUACAUACUGUAAAAUAUACAUCACUUUCAAGACAGACCAACAUAUUUGGUGUUAAAAAUAUACUGAACAAAAGUAUCGAUUUACUGUUAAAAGGAUUAUCUCAUCAAAAUGAAUUACCACAUUGUAGAUAUUUCACAUCUAAAAAUGUCUGCUCCUUUAAAAACUGAUGUCAUUUACAGAAGUGUUCUGGUUAAUUGCAUCAUUCAAUACUUGUAGUAAAAAUGCAUUGAUUUCCGAUGAUAUCCUCCACCUUUUUCAACUUCCAUCAGCAGCUAAUGUUUGUGCGUUCACCGUAACAACGAUGUAUCCAUUUCUGUUUGUUUUGUGGAUUUGUUGCAGUUUUAACUUGUUGGUGAUUAUCGAUCUUGGUGAUUAAAUCAUUAAAAAGUAUGUUUAAACCAGUUUUUAUUUUUUUUAUUUCACAGUAUAGAGUGUAACAGGCAAUACACUAAUAGAUCAAAAUAAUUUAAGAAAGGAUGUUUCUAAUUAACAUUAUCAGUUAUUCGUCUAUGUACAGGUGUUCCGGUAAACUUAUAACAUGUACACCUCACACAAGGAAACAUCGUUAAGUAAGUUGACUAAUUGUUUGCUUUAUUAAAACUGAAUACUGUUAUCUAAUUUGCUCUCUAAUUCUGUUAGUAAAUGUAUAGUCGCUUGAGGGAUUGUUAUUAAAUUAAUAUAAAUAAUUUAACAAUGUCUACAUAUGAUUUUAAGGAUUAAUAUUUACCAAUUACUACUUGCGAUUUCUGGAAUUUUAAUGUAAGAUUUCUAGAAUCAAAUCAUAAGAAAAACAUGGUAACUAUGACUUCUUUAACCUUAAUGGGGUUUUUUCUACAUUCUUGUACUACAGUUGUACUAAGAAAAUACAUAUUUCAAGAUAAAAAAUGACCUAGUUGCGAGUAUUGUAGUAGCUCAUUUAUUAAUGAUUUGCCAAAUUGCAACUCAAAAUGUAAUAUUCAACUCUAUGCGGAUGAUACUAUAAUGGAUUGUUCCAAACCGAGCAUCAUGGAAAUCUAUAAAUCAUUGCAGCAAGUUUUUAACUCUAUACAAAAAUAACUGUUAUUAAAUUAGUUGAUUUUGAAAAA